GAAGUGGCCGACCUAAAGCGCUGGCGGCUCAGUCCGUCGGCCCGUCGGUCCGCUCGUCCGCUGCCGGUGCCGAGCGCGCCUAGGCCGUCGUCGCUGUCCCUCCGUGUCUCCGGCCCGAAGCGGCGGCCGGGCGCUCACCAUGUCGUCGUUCAUCUGGGUGCAGCUGAAGAAGACGUCGGAGGUGGACCUGGCCAAGCCGCUGGUGAAGUUCAUCCAGCAGACGUACCCGAGCGGCGGCGACGAGCAGGCCCAGUACUGCCGCGCGGCCGAGGAGCUCAGCAAGCUGCGGCGCACGGCGCUCGGCCGCCCGCUCGACAAGCAUGAGGGCUCGCUGGAGACGCUGCUGAGAUAUUAUGAUCAGAUUUGUUCUAUUGAACCCAAGUUCCCAUUUUCUGAAAAUCAGAUCUGCUUGACAUUUACGUGGAAGGAUGCUUUUGAUAAAGGUUCCUUGUUUGGAGGAUCUGUAAAAUUGGCUCUUGCAAGCUUAGGAUAUGAAAAGAGCUGUGUGUUGUUCAAUUGUGCUGCCUUAGCUAGCCAGAUUGCACAAGAGCAGAACCUGGAUAAUGAUGAAGGAUUGAAAACCGCUGCUAAGCAGUACCAGUUUGCUAGUGGUGCCUUUUUACAUAUUAAAGACACAGUUUUAUCUGCCUUAAGUCGAGAACCUACUGUGGACAUAUCUCCAGAUACUGUUGGGACCCUCAGUCUUAUUAUGCUGGCCCAAGCUCAAGAAGUAUUUUUCUUAAAAGCCACACGAGAUAAAAUGAAAGAUGCCAUCAUAGCUAAGCUGGCAAACCAGGCUGCGGAUUACUUUGGUGAUGCCUUCAAACAGUGUCAGUACAAAGACACUCUACCCAAGUAUUUUUAUUUCCAGGAGGUAUUUCCCACCCUGGCUGCCAAGCAGUGUAUUAUGCAGGCCAAUGCUGAGUACCACCAGUCCAUCCUGGCCAAGCAACAGAAGAAGUUUGGGGAAGAGAUUGCAAGGUUGCAGCAUGCAGCAGAACUGAUUAAGAAUGUGGCUUCUCGCUAUGAUGAAUAUGUCAAUGUGAAGGAUUUUUCUGACAAAAUCAGCCGUGCCCUUACUGCAGCAAAGAAGGAUAAUGAUUUCAUUUAUCAUGACCGUGUUCCAGACCUUAAAGAUCUAGAUCCUAUCGGCAAAGCCACCCUUGUGAAACCCACCCCAGUCAAUGUACCCAUCAGCCAGAAGUUCACAGAUUUGUUUGAGAAAAUGGUCCCUGUGUCUGUGCAACAGUCCCUGGCUGUGUUUGGUCAGAGGAAAGCUGACUUGGUUAACAGAUCAAUUGCUCAAAUGAGAGAAGCCACUACUUUGGCAAAUGGGGUAUUGGCUUCCCUCAAUCUUCCAGCAGCAAUUGAAGAUGUGUCUGGAGACACUGUACCUCAGUCGAUACUUACCAAAUCUGCAUCUGUAGUUGAGCAGGGUGGCAUCCAGACUGUCGACCAGCUGAUAAAAGAACUACCCGAGUUACUACAAAGAAAUAGAGAAAUCUUAGAGGAGUCUCUAAGAUUGCUGGAUGAAGAAGAAGCAACUGAUAAUGAUUUAAGAGCAAAAUUCAAGGAACGCUGGCAAAGGACUGCAUCCAAUGACCUCUACAAGCCUUUACGAGCAGAGGGAUCCAAAUUCAGAGCGGUUUUAGAUAAAGCUGUGCAAGCUGACGGAAACGUAAAAGAGCGUUACCAGUCCCAUCGUGACACCAUCGCCCUUCUGUGUAAGCCGGAACCUGAGCUGAAUGCUGCCAUCCCUUCUGCUAAUCCAGCAAAGACCAUGCAGGGCAGCGAGGUUGUAAAUGUGUUAAAAUCCUUAUUGUCAAAUCUUGAUGAACUAAAGAAGGAAAGAGAGGGUCUUGAGAAUGACCUGAAGUCAGUGAAUUUUGACAUGACAAGCAAGUUUUUGACAGCCCUGGCUCAGGAUGGCGUGAUAAAUGAGGAGGCUCUUUCUGUCACUGAGCUGGAUAGAAUCUAUGGUGGUCUAACAGCUAAAGUCCAAGAGUCUCUGAAGAAACAGGAGGGACUUCUAAAAAAUAUCCAGGUCUCACACCAAGAAUUUUCUAAAAUGAAGCAGUCUAAUAAUGAAGCUAACUUGAGAGAAGAAGUUCUGAAGAACUUGGCAACUGCAUAUGACAAUUUUGUUGAACUUGUAGCUAACUUGAAGGAGGGCACAAAGUUUUACAACGAGCUGACUGAAAUCUUGGUCAGGUUCCAGAACAAAUGCAGUGACAUAGUGUUUGCACGGAAGACAGAGAGAGACGAGCUCUUGAAGGAUCUGCAGCAGAGCAUUGCCAGAGAGCCCAGCGCUCCUUCCAUCCCUCCUCCGGCAUAUCAGUCCUCCCCUGCUGGGGGACACGCCACAGCGCCUCCAACUCCAGCUCCAAGAACCAUGCCGCCUGCGAAGCCUCAGCCUCCAGCCCGGCCUCCACCUCCUGUGCUUCCUGCAAACCGAGUCUCCCCUGCUGCUGCUGCUCCCACAGGGGCAGGGGCUGCUUCACCAGCACCGCCACAGACCCCUGGGUCUGCUCCCCCUCCACAGGCUCAGGGACCACCAUAUCCUACCUAUCCAGGAUAUCCUGGGUAUUGCCAAAUGCCCAUGCCCAUGGGCUACAACCCCUACGCAUAUGGCCAGUACAACAUGCCGUAUACACCGGUGUACCACCAGAGCCCCGGACAGGCUCCAUACCCAGGACCCCAGCAGCCUACCUACCCCUUCCCUCAGCCCCCGCAGCAGUCUUACUAUCCACAGCAGUAAUGCUGCCACAUGCCGGCGGGUUCAGAUCAGAGGGACAGGACAGCAGCUGCCGUCAGUGUUCUAAGCCAUGUUCUGGUCACUCAAGCGUACUUUGCUCUACCAAUUGCCGUGGAUAAUUUCUGUCUGUGGCUAAAAGCUGAAGUCUGGGCCCCACUUCCACAUUUGAUCGCACUCGUGAGAUUUUGCUGCUGUUGCAGUAUAAACACUAGGUAUAAUAGCAUUUGAAAAAAAUUACAGUUCAUAAAACAUUGCAAGUGAGAAAUUAAACCUGCAAGUGAAACAUUUGAAAUUAGCGUACUUUAUAAGAUGCGGUUGGAACAAAGAUGGCUUAAGUACUGAUAUUCAAGAAAAAGUUUUCUUUCUCUUUUGGUUUAUUGAUUUAGUUUAAUUUCUAUUAUAUUUUGCAUAAUCAAGGCAUUGUAAAUCUUAUAAUUUAAAAAUAAAUUACUUAAGAACAGCUGUCAUUGUUAUGUUUUGUCAUUGCUGUCUGUUCCUUUCUGAUAUUAGCCUCUCAUUGUGUAUGUUCGCAGGUUAAAUGUACUGUGUUGAAAUGCAUGACCAGCGCCAGUUAGCGGUCAGGUUUAAGGUUGCAAUAUGAAAGCGCAGCACUUAGCUCUACAGCUCAUCUUUCAUAUGCCGAAUAGUAGUUCAUUUUCAAAAGUCCUAUAAUGUGGGAGACACACAGUUGUUACCAAAGAUUCUUCAAAUAAAUACAGAAUUAAUAAGUGUAUAUAUAUAUAAUGUUUCAUUGUUAGAUUUUCCAAGAAAGUGGUGCAAAUUCUGGUAAUAAUUCAUUUCCCCCACCUAUAAUCUGGUUAAAAUAAGUAGCUGCCAUUGACAGUGUUGUCUGAUGUGGUAGAAAGUUCCCUGUGCCUUUCUUGUCCUUGGUGUCACCCGUUCUUACCUGUAAUGUGUAAUAUGCAGUGUCUUUGAACGGAUCUUAACCCUUCCUUUUAAAAUUUCUUUUUCUUCUUUUUUAUUUUUUUAAAGUUUGUGGCUUCUGAAAGCUGAGAUUAUUUUGUAAUUCAGGGAGCAAUUCAACAGCACGGUUUUGGGGGAUGUAUGCUGAAUCUGGAAUAGGCUGGGACCUCAUGAGUCUGCUCUGACAAUGCUUAGCUGCUGUGCAGGCCUCAUUGGCAGUGAGGAGACGCAUUCUGGACAGGAAGCUGUGCAGACGGGAUCUCAGGGGCUCAAUGGGCUCUGUCUGUGUGAGGCUUCUAGCACAUUAGGCACAUGAGCAGACUUCUGGACAGGAAGCCAUGCAGGCGGGAUCUUGGGGGCUCAUGGGCUCUGAUGAGCAGACUUCUAAUCUGUGCUUGGUCUCGGAGUUUAACCUGACUUUUUCUUGCAUUAUCAUCUCAUCUGAAUGAUACUGUCACAGUCCUCUGUUGGUUUCAUUGACUAUUUGGGCGGAUAUUUAAAUGUAAGACUGAAGAUACAAUUGUAAAAGGGAGUAAACUGGUUUAAACAAAUGUGUAUUUUAAGUCACCUACUUUGUUGUAUGCAGAAAACACAAAGAUGUGCAACUUCACUACAAAUGACUGACUACCUGGAGUCUGGACAUUGGCUUAAAGUCCAACAGCUUAGCCUUGGCAGAACUAACGGUUAAACAUACCAUUGCUCAGCUUCAAUGUUUUGGAUUACUCAGCAUUUGAGAUGGGUUUAUUUGAGUCCUCUGUAAAUGGCAUUUAAGUUUUAUAUUCUCCCCACUUGAGUAUCUUAUAUUGAUAUAAGACAUCCCCUGAAUUAGGGAGUUUCCAGAUUGCUAGCCUAUACUCUUUACCAAUGCGAAACAGCCUCCAACCAACCAACCAAACAAACAAAAUGGCCUGAAUAUUCUCUUGGGGAAUGGGGGUGGAGGUCUAAAGGAAAAGGUGAAUGUAUCAGAGAGCCAAAGGGGGUGGGGGGCCAGGCUAGCAGCCAUUCCUCACUGUACUGGGCCUGCAGGGUCAUAGAGGAAGGUCAGCAUAGAGGGGGAGCCCCCGACUCUAGGGCAGUCCCUCUCAGUGACCUAGCUCAGCUCCUUAGGGGAGCCUCUUGUGUGGCAGUCACCUCUUGCCAGGUCUCUCAUCCUUGAUUUUCUCAGGAUGUUCCUCUGAUCUCUAGGGUUCGGCACCAUUGAUCUUCAGUGCUAGGUGUGCCUCCCUAAGCCUGUCCGGUUCGACAAGGACUGAUAGCCUCUUUCUGUGCCUUCUGUCCUUCCUAGAAGACAAGAUGGCGGCCCUCAUUGGCGUGGAUUGCCAGUGCACUCUUAACCCUGUGCUUGGUUUGCUGUGCUCUUCAGAGCGUACUGCAGAAGUUACUGUGCAUGGUGCUGUUUACGUGGAGGUUGAGGGGUCCACUCUGGCUUGAGUGUAUUACCGGUGUUUAUAAUUAAACUUUCUGUUACCUUCUUAAAUUAAGGUACCCACCCUCAGGCCAUUUAUGUUGCCUUUCUAAGCCUAUUAUGAAAUGAAUUACCUGCCAACUACUGAGGCUUUGCUGAGAAACCAGUAAGAAGCAGGGAAAAACCAUCCGACUUGGAUUUCCCAUCCUCAGAUGGCUGGAAUGGCUUGACCACUCGAUGUGGUGUCAAUCUCUGAGCUAGAGAGCCAUUGCUCUGCUCCUUGGUCUUUUUCUUAGUUGAGAAAAACAGUCCCAUGGCACUCACUGCACAGCAGCCAGUCUCUGAGACACCCCUGAGUCCACACUCUGACACCCUUGCAGUCAGGCUCCCCAGUAAGUGUGGGGGUCACAGCUGUAUUCCCACCUCUGUCCCAGCCAGCAACCUUUCUAGUCAAAAGACUGGUACUUUCUUUUCCAUUGAGCUUACGUUUUGCAAAACAUUCCUUUGUAUACAUUUUCUAAUUUCAUAGACAGGAUAAAUGAUAAAUGGGCCUCAGUUUGCUAAUGGGAAUUUUUAAUCAGUGACUAGGGUAUCUUGCAGCCUUGCUACAGCCCCGUGGCAUGUCAUUUCUAAGACUUGUGCAGUUGUUAGUUGACUCAUACUGUAGAACAGGGCACAAGCUGGACCAAUCCUUUGCGAGAAGAGUUAACAUUGCUGGUUUAAAUACAGACUUAGAAUAAAGUGGAAGAGCAAAGAAGGAAAAUUAUAUUUUUAACAAAAGAGAAUAUUCAGGCUUUAUUUCUGGUAUGAAGUUUAUAUUUUUUAAAAAAAUAUAUCCUAUAUUAUCACACCAGAGAUUUUAGAUUCCUUUCUGGUUACAAACAUUGCUGGUAGUUGGAUUAUAUUUUUAUUGUAUUCAUUUCUCUUAGGGGGAAAAUUGUAAAGAAACAAAGAUUCCGGAUGAAUGUAUCCUAGAAAUAAAAGUUGAAAGAUUCUUA